UUUCCAAGCUCGAAAAUCCACCUAUUUUCCAUGCUGCCUCCUUAUCGACUUCAAAUCUAUGGAGAGUGUUAGGAUUGCCCCAGACAUUCUAUCAUCCAUUAGCUCGGAUGUUUUCAUCCGCCGUUCUUUUAUCUGAUUGUUUUCUCAUUUAGCCUGCUUCUCACCAGACGCGGGUAUGAGCAAGCAAGGAAGUCACGGAAUCUUUACAAAUCCUGGAAAAUGCAUCGUCGCCAUCUCCAACUGGCAUCCGAAAGCCUUGACCUGUUACAAAUGGCUAAGCGAACUUCAGAUAGCAUUGCAAGAAUGUCACUUACCGCAGAAGAGCAAGCAUCAUUAAUCAGUACCACGGCAAGUUUUCUUACUGCGGUUGAAAUUGUGACACAGGGUGGUGAGCGAUCAAAUUCUCCGAUCCCCUAAUGAGAAGGACUGAUUCAUCAUGUUAUGCCUGCAUCCGUAAGAGGUAACUGAUGAUAAUGACAACGAUAACGACGAGACUACUCUGGAAUUUUUCCGGUGAACGAGAGCAAAACGAGGAACAAGUCACAGCCCAAGUACAAGGUUUUACUCGGGCUAUUCAAGAGAUGCCAAUCUCGCAAGCAACGAACUUUACAAUGAACCAGUAUAUUUUCUCCCAAAGUGUUGUGCAUCAAGGUUACGGGUCUAGUACAAAUUCUUCAGUCAUUGUGGGUGGGUCAAACAAUAGAGGGGGAGAUGCGUUAUUUCUUUGUAGCUUGACCGAAAAGCAGACAAACAGCAUU